UCUUGAUAUCAUCAUUUUAUUGGGUUUAUUUAUCAACGAUGAUGAGAUGUAAUAAAUGUGAUGAGUCAACUUGUAGAUAUGAUGGUAUUGUGAAGUUAGUUCUUGCCAAGUCAGUGGCAGUAGGUGGCCAUAUUUUGUAUUGUAAUAUUGGUUUUGUAGAUUUCAUCAAGAAUUUGUCGCAUUUGUGAAUAAAAUCUCGAAUUAUCUAAUAUGAAUCCUGAGUAUGACUAUCUGUUCAAGUUACUUCUUAUUGGAGAUUCAGGAGUUGGGAAAUCUUGUUUACUGUUGCGGUUUGCGGAUGACACUUACUCGGAAAGCUACAUCAGCACAAUUGGAGUUGAUUUCAAAAUAAGAACAAUUGAUUUGGAAGGAAAGACCAUUAAACUUCAGAUUUGGGAUACUGCAGGACAAGAGAGAUUUAGAACCAUUACUUCAAGCUAUUAUAGGGGGGCUCAUGGAAUCAUAGUUGUGUAUGACUGCACUGAUCAAGAAUCGUUUUCCAACCUAAAACAGUGGUUAGAAGAAAUAGAUCGUUAUGCUUGUGAUAAUGUUAACAAACUUCUUGUUGGAAACAAAUGUGACUUGAUUACAAAAAAAGUUGUGGACUAUGCGACUGCAAAGGAAUAUGCCGACCAUUUGAAGAUACCAUUUAUCGAAACUUCAGCAAAGAACUCAAUUAAUGUUGAACAAGCAUUUAUGACCAUGGCUGCUGAAAUCAAGAAUAGAGUUGGGCCUCCUUCUUCAGCUGGAGAUACCACAAACAAUGUUAAAAUAGAUCAGGGCAGACCUAUAGAGAAUACCAAAUAUGGUUGUUGUUGAAUAUUUGUAUGUUAUGAUAUUCUGAUUUUAUUUUCUUUUUUAAUAUAAAAUUUAAUUUAUUUCGGUCACUGUCUUUUUCACUUCAUAUGCACACUGUAUAGACUCUGUGUAUGUGUUGUGUAUAAGAUUAAUACACUUAUUUGUAAAUUUAUAAAACUUACAAGACACAUAAUAUUUAUCAAUUUUUGAUUUUCAAUUUAAAUCCAAUAAUUAAUUGAAAAAUGUAAUAGUAAUAUACAAUUAUUUUAAUAACCAGAUUUGGCAGAUAAAAUUAAAUGUUGUAGCUCAAUUCCUAUGCUGUUUUUAGUGGUCAUGUUAUAUUAAUUUCAACCCUUUUAAAUAAACUAAAGAAAAUGAAAAACUAUAAUAGACCUAUUUUUGUUAUUAAUCACAUAUUUAUACAUCAAGUAACAGGUUUUUUGUCAGUGUUUCUAUCAAUGAUUUUUAUUGUUGAAGCAGUACCCUGAAACAUUGGUGUAUACAUGAACAUUGUACUGCAGCUUGAUCUAUAUCGCUGUAAGUAUGUAUAUUCAACAUAUGUUAAAUUUAUAUCAAAGUCACAAUUUUUCUUUUAUCAUUUUAAAAAUGUUAUUACUGUAUUUAUGUUUUCUAUACAUACAAGGAUAUUUUUCUGCAAAUAUAAUUUAACUUGAAUGGAAAGAGAAAAUUAUAUAUUAAUUGUAAACAUUUGUUAUAAUCACAGAUUUAACUGACAAAUUUACAUCUAACUGUAGCCAAUUUCCUGAUUGGACUUGGUGAUUCUUAUGUUUUCGCAAAUUAAACCCUUGAAGAAUCUUAUGAAAAGUGUAAUGGACAUAGUUUUGUAAAUGUACACAUGUCACUUAAUAUUUAUACAUAUAGAUAUAAUAGAGUUUAUCGAUUAAUGAUUUUUUGGCAGUGAUUCUGCCAAUAAUUUUAGUAUUGAAACAGUACAUUAAUGAUUAUAUAAAAAGCUUAUAGCAAUACAGUUGUAUUUUUAUUCGAUAUUUAUUAGAGAUUUAUAAAGGCAGGAUUUUUCUUUCUUUGUUCCAAAAUGUCAUUUUUCUUCUCCAUGCGAUAUAUUUUCCAAUUUUACAUUAUUUUCGUAAUAUUACUCAUCAUUAAAUUUAAACUAUAAACAAUCCACUAAAAUCAUUUUAAACGUUUAUUUGAAUAGUAAAUAUUUGACGGAACAAAUUAUAUAUAUAUAUAUUAUAGUUCUGUUCCCCUGUAAACUUGGUAAUUCUCAUGUUUGAACACUUAUUAAGCUAAAGAAAAAGUGUAAUUUACUUAGUUUUGUUAAUAUACACAUGUCAGUUUAUAUUUUUAUAAAUAGUUAUAAUUGUGUAUUUGAUUAUUAUUUUAUUUUUUUGCUGUGGCUCUUUCAAUGACUUUAGUUUCGCAGCAGUAAUUUAAAGGCUAUAUGCAGCUGUUUGUGUAAUUAAAUAUUUGUUAGACAGUUAUUGUAACAGAAUUGUUAUUUUUAUGACACUCAGAAAUGUUUUUUUUUUUUUCCUGUACAUAUAGUUUCUUAUGAAACUAUCAGAAUUAUAAAAUUUAAAUUUAGAACCACUUUUUAUCUGUCUAUAGUUUAAAUAUUGUUAAUAAAAAAAGUACAGUAAACGUUGAUUGCUCUUUAAAAAAAGAAAAAAUGAAUUGUUAAUAAAUCAUGAGGUUCAUUUGAUAACCUGUUACAUUAAACAAUUUUCAUUCAUGUGAUGAAUAUCUCUUAAUUAGUUAAAUGUGCAUUACUGAUAAAAUUUCUUUGUGUCUUCUUGGAUCAUUCCAAUUAGAACAUAAUAAAUUUGAAUACCAAUUGAUUAUAUGUGAAACUUAUUUUUAUCUAAUGUAAUCUUAUGUAUAACAUGAACAGACACAUGUCUGUAAAGUGCAUGUACAUGUGUGUGUCUAUGUUGAUAUAUGUAUGUAUGCUUCAAAAUGUUUGGGUGUGUGAGUGCAUGUUCGCGCGUUGCAUAUGUGUGAUUUAGUUGAAGUAUUUUAUUUAAAAGCUCAUAUCAGGUUUUUUUUUUUUUUUUUUUUUUGUUAGAAAAUUGUAAGUUAUUCUGGGCUAAUCCUAUCAUGCCUAUGUUGAUCCUUGUAUAUUUUCAAAUGCUUUUCUCAAUAUAAGGAUUUACUAAUU